AUGGCAGUCUCUGGUUUUGAAGGGUUCGAGAAACGGUUGGAACUCCAUUUCUUUGGUGAUGAUCCAACCAUCCUCCAACUUGGUCUUAGAAAACUUGACUUUGAAUCCAUACAACAAACCCUACAAGCUGUCCAAUGCACGGUGGUUUCAGCUGUUGGAAACUCCUACUUUGAUGCUUAUGUGUUAUCAGAAUCAAGCCUAUUUAUCUACCCAACAAAGAUCAUCAUCAAAACUUGUGGAACAACCCAACUUCUCAAAUCAAUUUGUCCCUUGAUCUACCAUGCACAGAAUCACCUAGGCCUCACUCUCUCCUCUUGCCGCUACACAAGAGGUAGCUUCAUCUUCCCUAACUCACAACCUUUCCCUCACACAAGCUUCGAAGACGAAGUUACCUACUUGGAAAACACUCUCCCUCCAAACCUCUGCUAUAGAAAAGCCUCCAUCAUGCCCUCAAAAUCUUCUUCCCAUUCAUGGCACGUUUUCACUGCGACAAGUCACGAGUCUGAUCACGUGCCUUAUGACGACCAUAACGAAACAGAACCAUACACCAUCGAAAUUUGCAUGACAGAGCUCGACCCCAUCUUAGCCCGUAAGUUCUUCCGGCGACCGGGGGAUGGAAAAACCGGCGACUCUGCCGGGAAGGAAAUGACAGAGCUCACAGGAAUCAAUGAAAUCAACAAGGAUGCACUCUUAUGUGAUUUUGCAUUCGACCCUUGUGGCUACUCCAUGAAUGGCAUGGAUGGUGAAUGGUACUCCACCAUUCAUGUAACCCCAGAGGAUGGUUACAGCUAUGCAAGCUUUGAAUGCGUGGGGUCCAUGUCAAUGAACGAUGAUAUAGUCCACGUGUUGAGGAAGGUUGUUCAGAUUUUCCGACCAGGGACUAUGUCGGUGUCUACGACAACGACAUGUAACAGCAGCUAUAAGAAUGAAAUGUGGACGAGGGUGGUGGUGGGUGCGGUGGAGCCUCUGGGGUUGAAAUGUAGGAGUUGUGCGAUGGAUCAGUUUCCGGCAGCAGGUAGUGUUGUCUUUCAAACGUUUUCAGGUCUUCGCCGGAAAAGUGCACAGUAGAUAGGAAUGAACGAGUUUAGAAGGUUAGUUUAAAAUUUUA